AUGUCAGGUCACCUUGAUGCCCUCCUCAGAGGUUUGAUAAUCGAACGUCUGGGUAAAUAUGGUGACCAAGCCACUGUCGCCGAGGCGCAGAAGAGAUUUGAAGAACACUGGAAAGGUGAAUCCACCAUUCCGGCUGACUUAAGGUCUGCGGCGUACAGCACAGUGUUCAAACAUGGUGAUGGUAACACCCUAGAGUCUGUGAUGCAACUUUUGAAAGAAGCUGAUCUGCUCGAAGAGAAAGUCCGAUUGAUGAGAUGUAUGGGAGCUGUGUCACAACCUGAUCUGAUCAAGAAAGUGUGCGACUUCUCCUUGUCGGUGUGUUUUUUUUAAACUGUGAAUAAAAAAAAAUUUUUUUCACCGUUAAUAACAUAGCAUGCCAUCAAAUUUGCCUUUACUCAGAUACUCCAUGGUUAGAUCAUGUAUCUUUCGCAACAGAACUUUGUAAGACUAUCAGGUGCAUCUCUAUUGCGUGACGGAAAAUCAAACUGAAAGUGAUACAAUGGCCAAUCAAAACAAUGGAAAAUACCUCAAAUAACCAAUGAGAUCUCACAUACAGUUAUUACAAGCAGGCUUCCCUAAGCGCGGGAGAAUUCAAAGAAACAAUCGUGCGUGGUGUUAUUUCUGCUUCUGAUUGGCUGACAUUGUGGCCAAUUACAGAGCGAAGCCACUGCAAUCCUAGACAAGCCUCCAUACUCAAUCGAAAAUCUCGUUCACAGUCCUGUCUUACAUAGAUCAAGCAAAGGUAGUGUAGAAACCAUUUAUGGUAUCUGACUACAAGCUUUAACCCUUUAAACCCUAACAGUGACUAGGAUCUAAUUUCUCCCAACGAUAUCACCCCUGAAUCUCACAUAAAGGUCAUGAGAAUGAAGAAAAUGAUUACCAACUAAAAGAAGCUUUUUAUCAGCAACAAAAUCUCUCUUCUUUCGCUAAUGUGUAGUGUGAAAGGGCAUGAAAUGGCUCAGAAAUUUAAUCGAGAGAACUUGGACGAGCUGCACAAUCGCCAUGAAGGAGGUUUCUUGCUUUCUCGCCUGAUCAAGGUUGGACAAAGUCUUUUAUUUCUUAGAGCGCAUUUAGAUUAAGUGUUUUAAAAUCAAAACCAAACGAAUCACUGAGACCAAUGAAAAUAAAAGAAAAACGUUUUAGGAGGCGGAUAGAACAAAAUGUUAACUCAUGCUAACUGCCCGAAGCUCAGAAAAACGCGAGCGACCAUGGUGCGAUUUAAAUAGUGGAUCUACGAAAGGCUAGCGCCAGUUUCCUUAAAAAUUUUCGUAGCAGAGUAGAACAAAACCAAAGCAGUUAUUAAACUGAAAUUUCUCAAAGGUAAUUAGAUUAUUCUGGAACGCGCUGGUUACGUUUGGUUUAAGAGAGGGAUAACCUCUUCUGCUUUGCUUAUUUUUUUUUCCGUUUUAUUGCAGUCCACUACAGAUAUGUUUAUCACUGAAGAGGCUGCCAAAGAAGUCGAGGUGAGCUGCUUAUGUAGACGGAUUAAAAAAAUUAAAGCGCCUUUGUCAAAUUUCGCUGGCUUAGUGUGCUGCCUAGGAUUUCCCUUUUAUCCUUUUUUUUUUUUUUUUUUCAGGAACUCUACCCCAACCAUUCAGUGCCUGCUGCAGAGAGGACCAUUCAACAGUCCUUGGAGAACAUACAACUCAAUUGCGCGUGGCUUGGGCGCAAAUCAUUUUAUAAUGCAAGAGAUUGGUGAAAUCUCUAAAAAACAUACAUAUAAAAAUAAAAAAGUGAAGAUAAACCAAUGUCAAUGUCAUAUCCAACAAUAUGGAAAAAUAUAAGAGUCUUAUGCUUGGAGAUCAUCUGGUCUUCAUUGAUAGUUCCCAAUUUAUGUGCUCCAUUCUUUAUAAAUUAGUAUCAGUAUUAGUAUUAGUAUCGGUUAGUAAUCUGCCUGAGGAAGCUUUUUACUAAGCACCCUACCUCCACCUUCCAAUAAGCACCCCUCUCUCCAAUAAGGAAGGAAAUUGUUAGCAUCUCCUCAAGUUGAAAGAUUCUUCACAUUAACAUCAUCACAAUGGUAUAUAAACUGUAAAUGUAAAAGGGAAUUAAUACUGUAUUCAUGUACUGGUUCGGUA